UCAGGGCAGGGGUGCAGAUGGGGGGUGCAGCCCUCCCGCUUCCCGGCGACUCCGGGAAGGUCAGCGCGGGCAGGCGGGGCGCGCUCCUGCGGCCGGGCCUCGCCGGCCACCCGGUCCCCACCUGAAACCCCGCCUGCCACUCCGCUCCAGAGGAGCCAAUAGCCGUGCAACCUGCCCGGGAUGGGGCGGGGCUUAUGCAAAUAGUGUCGCCUUCGGGAGGCACAUAGUGAUACAAGAGCUGGAAGGCGGCUCCGGCGCAGACCUCGGAGAGCACAGCUGCCGGCCCGCGAGCCAGCCUCGGUCCCCGCGGCCCGCCGAGGAUCGGAGCCAUCCAGCGACCCGGCGACCGGCCUCAGGCGGCAGCAACUGAAGAGCCCACCCCUGGACAGGAGACCCCCCACCUCAGUCCAGGCCCAUGGGUGCCGAGAAGGAGUCAGAGCCGCCUACUUAUCCCCAGCUCAGGCCCCGCCAUGGGGAAGACCAACAGCAAGCUGGCCCCCGAGGUGCUGGAGGACCUUGUUCAGAACACUGAGUUCAGCGAGCAGGAGCUGAAGCAGUGGUACAAGGGCUUCCUGAAGGACUGCCCCAGCGGCAUCCUCAACCUGGAGGAGUUUCAGCAGCUCUACAUCAAGCACCCCCCUCAGUUCUUCCCCUACGGCGACGCCUCCAAGUUCGCGCAGCACGCUUUCCGCACCUUCGACAAGAACGGCGACGGCACCAUCGACUUCCGGGAGUUCAUCUGCGCCCUGUCGGUCACCUCCCGCGGCAGCUUCGAGCAGAAGCUCAACUGGGCCUUUGAGAUGUACGACCUGGACGGCGACGGGCGCAUCACGCGCCUGGAGAUGCUGGAGAUCAUCGAGGCAAUCUACAAGAUGGUGGGCACCGUGAUCAUGAUGCGCAUGAACCAGGACGGGCUCACGCCCCAGCAGCGUGUGGACAAGAUCUUCAAGAAGAUGGACCAGGAUAAGGACGACCAGAUUACAUUGGAGGAGUUCAAGGAGGCAGCCAAGAGUGACCCAUCCAUUGUGUUGCUGCUGCAGUGUGACAUGCAGAAGUAGAAGCUGGUGAGGGGCAGGGUCCCUGGCCAGAAGGGGCAUGGCCACCUCCCAACCUGAUGACCUCUCUGGCUUGCCUCCCAGGAGGAGGGACACUCCAGCCCCCCUCUCUGGCCCACCCAGUCCUCUGCCCAAGCCCUUCCUCCCCUCCAUCAAGAUCUUUGAGGGACCACCUCACCCUGCAAAAGAGACAGGUCCUCCAGUACCCUGUCUUCUAGCCCCACCUCCCACUUGGCACAGAACCAAUGUCCAUUGGGCAUAGGGGAGUUGGCUUUUGCCCCAGGAGGUGAGGUUAAGGAGUUGGGGGCCUGGGGUUCUGGUUCGGAAUUCUCUUGAUCCUGGGAUUAUGCUUUAUAGGAUGUGGUCCCACAGGCCUGUCACAGGGCCAAAUUGGGUCUGUCCAUUCCUGAGGCUCCAGAUCCCAUAAAGGUGGUCUCUUCCCCAUCCCUUCUACUCUACCUGGCCCUUCCAGCCCCAGCCUUUGGAGCGUUCAUUCAGUCCUUUCUUCAGCUAAUGAUUACUGAGCACCUGUUUGGUGCUAAGGAUAUGGUCAUUUACAAGACACAUCUUGUGCCCUCUGGAAGCUCAUAGGGUUGUGAGGCAAACUUCCGGCCGUCAGGGUCUCAGCUAAGCAGAGGGUGCUGGAAGGCUGGUUAGUCUGGGAGGAGCUAUUUCAUCUUCCAGCUCAGCUCCACACAAAGCUGCAGAAGGACGAAAUGAAAAGCAGUUGGAAGUUUAGGAGCCACGUGAGUGAAAGUUUUAAGAAAAAUGAAAUUUAUGUAAUACUUAUUUUUUUAGUACCCUUUAAAGGAGCUACAGUCAUUUUAUUAUUUCAGGAGGUUAAAAUAUACUCUAUAUUACUUGGUUUCUUAUAAAAUGAUUAAAUGAAUAGAGAAAAUAUUAAUUUUCAAGGGGAAAAACCUGAGAAAAAAGGGAGAAAAGACCAUGAAAUUUACCAGAUAACACUUUUUAAGACUAAGUCCUGAGCUGCCACUCUCAGCAGCUUUUGCUGCUUCAGCUCUUCCUUUUUAUUACCUUUUUCAAUUCAACAAGCAACUUUCUGCUACAUACUUACUCCGGUUGGGUGCUGACUUCAGGGACAGGAAAAAACAAGGUUUGCAAAGAGUGAAACUAGUGUAUAUUCCGUAUCUUGGUAGUUCAUUUCUGGAUUGGGUUUAGUUUCAGAACUGGACUUGUUCCUUCACUGCCACAGAAUCAGAAAGAGCUAGAAGAAAAGGCUCACCUGGCCACUGUUUAGGCACCCAGACAUAAUUUAUGGACCAAAUGCCUAAAAAUGUGCCAGGCAUGCUCUGUUUGAAAGGCUUUUUCUAACCCCAAAUCUUAGAUCUGCCAGGUAGUUCAUCAUCUUCCAAGUGUGCUGGUUCUGCUUUUCAAUGCCUGCUUCCCAAUUUUGGAUCCAUGAGCUAUACAGCUGCAUGCUUUGACUGCCAGAAAAAUUAAUCUUGCUUCUUCAUCAGGUCUUUCUCCUGUACUUGUGAUCAGAAAUUACCUUUGAUGUGCAGUGACAGUUGAUUUCCUCUUGAACUGCUGGUGAAAACAGUCUAGUACACAGGUGCUGUCAGCCCAGGGUGGGAGUAGGAAAUGAUUGCUGAGCCCGGGGCAGGGGAAUUGCAUCUGCAGGAAAGAGAUGCAGCAUGCUCUUCACUCCUGAGUGCCCACCUGUCCUGCUUCUCUGCAGGUGAAAACUCUGGGGGAUGCUGAUCAAUAGAGCUUGGUCCCAAGCUCUACUGGGCCCUUGGAGGUAGCAAGGCCACUGGGUUGCUAUCCUCUUGCUGGGGAUAGCAACCACUGGGUUGCAACCACUGGUUGCUAUCCUUUUGCUAUCCUCUUGCUCAUGACCAGCCAUAUGGUGAGGCUGGGGAGUUCACAUCCUCAGGCAGGAACUAGCAGUUGUUUAUCCAGCAAUGCCUCAAGGAUGUUGCAUUGCUCCCAGGAGCUGGCUAUUAGGUAUGUCUUGUGCGGUCAGUCAGCAUCACAGACACAUAGAUGCUCACCAGCCUGGCUUACCUGGGACCUAAAUCUUCUGGUGAAAAGCUUUUCACUAAGUGAGGUUCCUUCCCUGCAAAUGCUGAAUCUAGCCUAAUUCGCAACCACACAGAAUUUCAUGGCUUUCAAAGGCUUGCCAUGUGCCCCAUCUCAUUCUAUACUCACAUCCCAUGGAGGUGAGGAUUUUCAUUUCUUUUCUCUAGACUUGGAAGCUGAGAUUCAGAGAGGAAGCGUCCCUUGUGCAAGGUCACAUAGUCAGGAGGUGACACAGGGCUAAGACUUGAACCCAAGGCUCUAAGAGGAUUUCUUCUUUUCAGAGUCUCUUCCCUGUCCAUUUCUGUGACUAAGCUGUGCAGAGGUUGACAGCAGGGCAAGCUACAUUGAUAUUCAUCCUUUAUAGGCUUCCUGCUAAAAAGCUUCUGAGAUUGUGGUCUUCCAAAAAAAAUAGGAGCUUGGUUGAAGUCCCCACAUUUUCAAGCACUCAGUGUUCUGCCUCUGGCAGCUGUGCUAACAGCUCAGUGCUGUCCUGGGAGGCCUCUGACUCAGAACCCUCGAAGCAUCCUGCAUUGUUUUUACCCACCAUCAUCUUCACUAAGAGAAACAUGCCUACCCAUGAAGGCGUGUUUGAUUACUCCAGGCUUCUGGACACACAUACCCAUGGGUGAUUUUUGCUCCUCGGGCCCAAUAUUCUCAGACAGCCCAGCAGUGUGAACACACAAUGCCAGGCCAGGAACUGGGACCACCAUCUUGCUGAUGGAAGGAACAACAGGUGGCCCAGGACUUGCUCCUGCAUACUCCUGGGUGUCCCAGGGACUGUGUGCUCAGGAGCACUGUGGUAGAGCACUGGCCCUGCCUUGAGAAGAGACACAUGUCUCCUGUCCCUGCACCAGCUGAGAGAGACUUGCCACAAAGCACAAGGCUAGCAGAGAUUUAUGUAUGACUUGCACAGACACAAAAAUAUACAGACAAUCAAAACGUUGAUAUAUUCAAACUCUCCUUUGAAAUUCCAAUCUUAUUGCAACAACUCUGUGAAUUGCAAGGUCCCAGAAUCUGCCUUCUCACAUACUCUACCCUCAUUCAUCCUUUUGGGCUAAUUGAUGAGCAUCUUAUUUCUUAUCUCUAAAAAUUAUCAGCAAAGGCUACUUCAGAUGGCCACUUUAGUCCUUUCAGCUGUAGUCAGGAUUAUUUAACUUACCUGUAUAUCAAAAGUUAAGAAAAAGUUAGUUCAUAAGUAAAGGCACUAAAUCCUUUCCUGACAAUGACAGAGUCUCUAGAGGUAGAAAUUUGCCUUGCUGCAGAGAGAGAAGGAAUGGCGUGGGAUGGGGGAAAGAAAAGAAAGAGAAGAAGAGAAGAAGCUGGGGUCUCCAGGCAGGGUAGUAAGCUGACACUGUAAAUAUUUUUUACACAAAAAUGUAUUGAAGUAACAAAUAUUUCCUGAAGAUCCACCCUGGGUGAGGCUUUGAGCUGACUUUAGAGAUCACUGUGGGGUCAAGAAUUUCUUACAUGUUUUAUUCGUCAUUCUUGAAAAAAAUAAUUCAAACCUUGGAAUUAAAAAGUCUCAGAAAAAUAUGGGAUUUUCUUUCUGGAAUUUUCGAGGUUUUCUUUUUACCUUUGCCAGAGUGUGGGGGCAGGACUGGGCCUGCCAGGGUGUAUAGCCCUUCCUGCUUGGUGGAGGCCAGUCAGGCCCAGGGCCUUCUAAGCAGCAGUAGAGAGGAGGCUUGGGGAAGGGGGGGUCUGGGUAGCAGGGGAAGGAGGCCAGUUCCAGUGUAGCCCCCUAUCCCCUCCAGAUGUGCUGCUUCUGGCUGUGCACUCAGUGACUGCCCUCACUGUUCAACCCUGUGCUGUGUGGUGUGUUUCUUUCCCCACUGACAGUGAAUAAAAGGUGCAACUAUG